AUUUUUUGGUGUGCGGGCGCAGCCUCCUCGGCUUCAGUGAAUUAUGUCUGUGAAUGUGGAGACCCAGUGUGCAAGUGCCUCAGAGAGUAACGCCUAUUCAUCAACAGUCAGUCAAGGUUAUGUUUUACCAGAAGGAAAAAUCAUGCCAAACACAGUCUUCGUUGGUGGAAUUGAUUUAAGGAUGAAAGAGGCAGAAAUUCGGACUGUCUUUGAACAGUAUGGUACUGUGAAAGAGGUGAAAGUAAUCACUGACAGAACAGGUGUUUCGAAAGGGUAUGGAUUUGUGUCUUUCCUGGAGAAUGUGGAUGUUCAAAAAAUAGUAGAAACACAAAUCAACUUCCAUGGUAAAAAGCUGAAACUGGGGCCAGCGAUUAGGAAGCAACAAAACCUGAAACAAGCUUCUUCCGUACAUCCCAGACCAUUAGUCCUUGGUCAUUCUCCGCCACAGUUCCACACUGUAUGGAGUGGUCAGAAUACAGAGACGUUUUUUCAGCCUCCGCCCAUAAUGAGCCCAGUAACACCAUAUAUUCAGCCGUAUCCGUACAAUUCAUCACCAACUGUACUGCUAAAGCAGCAAGUUCCCAUAGGAUAUCAACCGGCUUACAACUAUCAGGGUCAACCACAGUGGGUUCCUGGGGAGCAAAGAAAUUAUGUUAUGCCUCCAGCUCUGGUUUAUGCAUCAGUAAACCAUCACCCUGAGGAUCCGGGAUUUAUACAGAUGGAAUGUGCUGUUCCUGAGCCCAUGCAGUUCCCUGCUAACAGCCCACAAAAGAAAUCUGUGGACAGGGGCAUACAAACAGUAGUGUCCUGUCUGUCUAAUCCUGAGAACCAGCUGAGGAAUGACUCUCAAUCACAAGAUGACAAUGUAAAGGAGAGCAAAGUGUAUCACUUCCGAAAAGGAAGGACAGGAUUCAAAAGUGUUUGAUGAAUGAAGACUUCGAAGUAUUUAAUUUAAUUAAUUUAAUGUUAUUACAGUUCAGUAUUACAUUCAGCAUAACAUUUCUCAAAGUAGCUUUAAGUGAAGUUUGUGUUCAUGUUGGACCUGUUUUGAUACAGUUCUUACUUGAGUCGUUUGAAGUUUAAAGUUGUAAGAGUUGACAAACUUUAGUUACAUUGUUUUCAUGCUUCCCCAGUUUGUUUGCUGCAUUUGGAUUCUCUUCUGAGUUGGAACAUACACUUUACAUAUUACACAGGUUUGCUUGAACCACAGUCUGACUCACCCUGACUGGUUAAUUCUUGCAGUUUAAAAAUGGAAAUAGUUGUUUGCCCAAGAGAUUGUAUUUUAAAACCAAGCUCUUAAAUCAGGGCAAAAGAAGACAACAAGUUGUAACUGAGCUGAAGCCCUUUUUAAGUGCUAGUUGCCUUUAGACAACAUAAUCAAUGUGAUUAUGUUCAUUAAUGACACUUUAUGUACUUACAGUCUUGAGCAUCGCUAUUGUUUUUGGGUAAGUAAUGAAGAGAAUCCUGAAGUUCUUAUAUGUAACUUAAAAUGCAAGAAUGUAGUUACCUGUAUUAGCUACUCAGCAGAGUACGAUUAUUUUAAAUUAAAAAAAACCCUAAAAAUAUCUGUAUGUUAAAAUUCUGGGAAAAUACUGCAUUUAAAAUGUGCUUUUGUUAUGUGAUGCAAACUGUUAAUCAAAGAUUAUCUGCAAGAGUAUUUUAAUAAUCAUGUAUAUUUUAGUUGUAUAUUUUGAAAUAAUGAAAUAAAUGUUUAUUUUGCCUUGGCUACC